GUCAUUAACAAGGGUGGAAUCACUUACAAGGGUCAGCCAUGGCACAAGGAAUGCUUUCUCUGUGCUAACUGUGGCAAUCAACUCGCGGGUCAGAAAUUUACGUCGAAGGACGAUAAAAUCUACUGUGCCGACUGCUACUCUGAACUAUUUGCUAAGCGCUGCUCUGCUUGUUCAAAGCCAAUUUCUGACGCGCUGCUACGGGUCUAA